AGCGCUGCGGGAGCAGUGGGAAGUCGGUCCACGGCGUUUUUCCACUAUAUCUUCCCAUUUUUUUCCCUCUUUUGAUUGUUUUAUGACUUUUGCUUUUAUCUUUUCCUCAUCCGACCAACUUUGAGGAUGUAUUUGUAAGCGUCACGGCAGGCUUGCUGCGUGGCUCGUCGUCCUGUCGAAGUGUUAAAACUGCGUGAGCGCAUCCCUCAGUUCCCCACUCACCUCCAGACGGGCUUUGGCUUUUCUCAUUUUGUAAGCCUGCUUUUUUCUAAAAAAAAAAAAAAAAAAAAGGACACGUGCAGCCUCUUCACUGGACCACAAGGAAAUAUAUUUCUUCUCCUUUUUCUUAAUCUUAUGAAUGCACUUUUUUAAGUCAUUUUCACAGGAAAGCAGACGUCUUCGGUUGACUUUGAAACUGGUGAUGCGGUUUUAGCUGUUGGGGGGGUGUCUCCAUUUUUAUUAUAUAUGUAUAUUUUUUUCCUUCAUGAAAUCGUUUUAAGUGUACUCUCUCAGCGACUCUAAUCAUGAUCGUUUUUUUGGCUUUUUUAAAUUGCGUGUAAGGGUGAGGAAGCUCCUGUUGCUUGUGCGUGAAAACACACCGGCGGCGUGUUCGCAAACACGCGUGAAUCACAGCCGGCGCUCCGCCGCUAAAAACACGGGGCUCGCUCUUUUCUGGGGGAUUUCAGUGGGACUUAACCCCUUUUUAUUUUCUAUUUCCCCCCCUCCCAAUCCACUCCUAGCAGUGUGUUGUCUUGCGGGUUUUAAUUAAGCAAUAUCAGUAGUAAAAAACCAGCCAACAACAAACAAGCAUGCCUCAGUUAUCGGGCGGCGGCGGGGACCCGGAGCUUUGCGCCACAGAUGAGAUGAUCCCGUUCAAAGACGAGGGAGACCCGCACAAGGAGCAGAUCUUCGCCGAGCUCAGUCACUCGGAGGAGGAGGGAGACUUGGCAGACAUCAAGUCAUCUCUGGUCAACGAGUCGGAGAGCAGCCCCAACAGCAACAGCCACGACGCAGCUAGACAGUCCCAAAUACCACCAGACUCGUAUCAUGAAAAACACAGAGACCAUCCAGACGAUGGAAAGCAUCAAGAUCUCUACAGUAAAGGCCACCUGUAUUCGGGUUACCCAGGUUACAUCAUGAUGAGCAACAUGAACAGCGACUCCUACAUGAACAAUGGCUCCCUCUCGCCGCCCAUGCCCAGAACGUCCAACAAAGUCCCCGUGGUGCAGCCGUCCCAUGCAGUCCACCCACUCACCCCGCUGAUCACGUACAGCGACGAGCACUUCGCUCCGGGCUCGCAUUCUGGCCAUCACCCCCAAGAUGCCAACAACAAACAAGGAAUGCCCAGGCAUCAUGGAGGACCAGACAUGCCCAACUUCUACUCGCUGUCCCCUGGAGGAGUGGGGCAGAUCACGCCACCUCUGGGCUGGUUCUCUCACCACAUGGUGCCCGGCCCCCCUGGUCCCCACGCCACCGGUAUCCCCCACCCGGCAAUCGUCAACCCACAGAUCAAACACGAGCCUCCGCAUGAAACUGACAUCAUGCACAUGGGUUCUUUUUUUUUGCCUAACAGGAAGCCCCAGCACGAACAGAGAAAGGAGCAGGAGCCCAAAAAGCCGCACAUCAAGAAGCCGCUAAACGCCUUCAUGCUCUACAUGAAAGAGAUGCGCGCCAACGUGGUCGCCGAGUGCACGUUGAAAGAGAGCGCCGCCAUCAAUCAGAUCCUGGGACGAAGGUGGCAUGCUUUAUCUCGGGAAGAGCAAGCUAAGUAUUAUGAGUUAGCCCGCAAGGAACGGCAGCUCCACAUGCAGCUCUACCCAGGCUGGUCCGCUCGAGACAACUAUGGAAAGAAGAAGAAGCGGAAGAGGGAGAAGAUGCAGGAAUCGGCCGCAGGUACAGGCCAGAGAAUGAAAACGGCGUACAUCUGAGACCAUGAUGCAGUCGGCGCGAUUGACUGAACCUUCUCUUCUUCUGUUUGCCCGCCCCUCCAGGAGCAAAACGGAACGGUUUCUCCACAUGCAAAGCAAAGGCAGCAGCUACGGGCCCUCUGCUCGAGAUGGAGGCCUGUUAGAUUCCAUGAAGACCCUCAAAACCUCCAAACUGAAACCUCCAGUUCUCAGAGGACCCUCCCCCACACCUCCCAUCUCCCCCCUCACAUCCCUUCCACACAAACCGCCACCUGAAAACGCCACCGUUUUGACUCCACCCCUCUCCCCUGAAGGCGCCUGCUGUAGAGACACUGAACUGAACAAGACAAUCAUGAUUAGUAGGAGCACCGUCACGCAACCACGCCCCGUCACCCCCCAGAAAGCAUCACUUCAACUGUGUUCUGUCAGUUUCCUUUUUAAAUAUCAGCUUUACUGCAAUCCAAGGCACUGCACUGAGAAACAGCAGCAAUUGUGAUGUGUGCACAAACUUUCUCCCAUGCACCGCCCAACGCCUGUCACUAAGUUAUUAUAAGUUAUUUGUCACCUGUUUUUUUUUUUUUUUCUUUUUUGUAUAGUUCAUUAGGCUGACAUUCACUCCCUGAACCCCCCCGUCCCAACCUUCUCUAUCUCUCACUGGAUUUUUGAGACCAUUCGGGGUUUCACCCCACAGACCAAACACCUCCUUUUCUUUUUUUGCUUAUUUAGACUGCACUAAGGAAGAUGGAGGGAUCUCAUCUCGUCUAAGACACGUCCUCAAGACGCCAUUUUUAAUUUGUUUCUGACCAAGUUGGUGCAAAAAAAGCAUCAACAUUUUCAUUCGUUUUUUUUUUUUUGACUGAAUUUUAUCUGAAUGCUUUUUUUUUCUCUGGAUCUUGAACUCUCAUUUCAAUUUCUUGGUGUAUAUUUUCGUGAUUUUUUUUUUUUCUUCCUUUUUUUAUAUAUAUAUAUAGUGGUAUAUAUGAAAAUAAGCUUUGGACACAGGAAAGCCAUUUUCUUGUUGAAAUGUCUUGCAGAAAAAUUGAAACUUAAGGCUUCUUUUGAUAACUAUUUGUAACAAAUAGUGACCUCGCGUCUUGCUCAGAUGUAAAAUAAUUCUCAGUAUGUGUACUUUUUAAAACUGUCAGGAUAUGUCAAUUUUCUUGGUAUUUUUGCAGGCUACAUUAGGACAAAGGCGAGAGAGUGACAGCUCAGAGGCCUCUAUUUUAUUGUUCUAAAACAUGACAAAUGAAGCAGAUAUAUAUAUUUACCCCAGCACUUGACAGUUCUUUUUGUUUUUUCCUUUUAUUCCAAUGGACCUUUUGUCUUUUCUCUCUGGUAGCCAAUAGUGUGGUCUCUAGCCAUGUUGUUUAUUCCAUGCAAACAUCUCUGUAACAUUUUUUAUUUUUAAUGCUCUAUUUUAGUAUUACUUGAUGAAUUCCUUUUUUUUUUUUUUUUUUUUUUUUAAUUAUUAUAAUAUUUUGGGUCACUGUCAUCUCGGUUUAGCGUUUUGGCUUUCCAGGUGGUCAUAUUUGAAUUGUUUGAACAUGUUUUGUUUUUUUAAAGAAAAAUAAAAAGGCACCAUUGGCUCGUUGGGUGGCUUGUGUGGUAGAAAGACCAGAGCUAGAUGUGCCAGAUGUGAACGGUCUGCGUGUCAUCCUUGGAGAUUACAGUUAAACAUCUGUGGCGUAACGCGGGUAAAACGAUAUCUUUGUGCAAACUUUGGGGGGGAAAAAAAUCUUAUAGAUGUUGGUGAUCAAUUAUAACCCAAAAGUAUGUAGCG